CUUCUCUGUCCGUGUUUCAAGAUGGCGUCCUCGAAGCGACAAGACGGAGAUGCAGAAGCAUUGAGGCAGUGUGAGAUUUACGUUGAAAAACACAACGUUCAAGGAGUCUUGAAGGAUUGUAUUGUCCAACUGUGUAUAUCAAAACCAGAAAAUCCCUACAAGUUCUUUCGAGAAUAUUUCGAGAAAUUGGAAAAGGAGCACGAAGAUAGGAAAGUCGAAGCAUCAGGACUAGAAGCUGAGCCCGAGCAAAGAACCGAGUURGAGGAACAGCCUCCUCUCACUUCAAAACCAUUUCAGCGACAGCGAAGAGGAGCAGUUAGUGCCGCUCCCAUAACCGAAGAUGAAGCAACAUCGUAUGUUAAAAAGGUCGUACCGAAAGAUUACAAGACAAUGGCUGCUCUAUCCAAAGCUAUUACUAGAAACAUUCUGUUUUCGCAUCUGGAUGAGAAUGAGCGAAGUGAUAUUUUCGAUGCUAUGUGUUUAGUCAAACACAGUGCUGGCGAAAUCAUCAUCCAGCAAGGCGACGAGGGUGAUAACUUUUACAUUAUUGACAGUGGCGAAGUYGAGGUACUGGUUAAUAAUGCUUGUGUAAAUACGAUCAGCGAAGGUGGUAGUUUUGGAGAGUUAGCACUCAUUUAUGGUACACCAAGAGCAGCCACUAUCAAGGCCAAGACUGAYGUUAAGCUAUGGGCCAUUGAUCGCGUAACAUAUCGAAGGAUUCUCAUGGGAAGUCAGAUCCGUAAGAGACGUAUGUAUGAACAGUUCCUGGAAAAGGUCAGCAUCCUUGAAUCACUGGACAAGUGGGAGAGGUURACUGUUGCUGAUGCUCUGGAACCUGUCCAGUUUCAAGAUGGUGAAGAAGUUGUUGUACAGGGCGAACAUGGAGAYGAGUUUUACAUUAUUGUCGAGGGAUGUGCUGUGGUUCUUCAAAGACGGGCUCCCAAUGAGGACUUUAUUGAAGUCAGCMGACUAGGGCCUUCUGAUUACUUUGGUGAGAUUGCACUGGUCCUAAACAGACCCCGAGCAGCUACGGUCACAGCCAGAGGUCUUCUCAAAUGCGUCAAACUAGACAGACAGAGAUUUGAACGAGUUAUGGGUCCAUGUAACGAUAUCUUGAAGAGAAACAUCCAGCAGUACAACAGCUUUGUUUCCCUUGUGGUAUAAUAGCCCAUGUAUAAAGAUUGUUAUAUAUAGAUGCUGGGUUAUGACGUGUUGUACAUAGACUGUUACAUUAUGCUUCUAACAUCAAGGUUAAUACUCGUUGUCUUGUGGUAUACUAUCUUGUGGCACAGAUCUAAACAUUCCCCAGUGAUUGAGCCGUCUUCAGUGGAUUUGAUAGUAUGGAGUCAGAUAAGGGUUUAAAAUAAUCUUGAUUUUAUGUAUACACAUCUGUUUCCUACUGUAAUCAUAGUUCUUCUUAGAAACUGUGAUGCAAGAGCAUUUUAUCAUUUAAGAUUUCAACUAUUUUUAGUGUGUUUUAAAGUAAUUAUAAUUAACAUUGAUUGAAAUAUAUCUCGAUCUAAUCAUUGUAAUCGAAGAGUGUUGUGUGUUUAUUGAUGUGAAAUCAGUUAAGCAUUUUAGGAUGUACAAUCUCCACCAUAUCAAAUUCCACUGGCUCAAACAUUACCUGUAGUUUUGGUUAAAAUUUCUCUUUUGACAAAAAAAAACACGUUUCUUUCUAACAGUUUCCUUACUCAGGUGAAGUACUAUUAAGCUUUAAAACAUAGUGCAAAUAACUCUAGCUUUCCUCUGUUAAACAAUCAUUCUAAAACAUAUUCUAACAACAUUUCAAACUGAUAUUAUUUUGUUUCUGUCGUGGAUAGUUUAUCAGGUUAAAAUCUACUUUCAAUGAGUAUUAAUAAUGAAACUUUAAAUAUUACAGAUUCAUUUGAACACAAAUACUGCUUUACAUUUAAUAGUUCAAGUGUGUGUGUCUGCAAUGUAAAAAGAACAGGAUGGGUUUCAUUGUUGACGAGGUUAGUCCACCAUACAUGUCACCCCGAUGCUCCAGUCAACAUGUAAACCAUAUAUUAAAGGUUAUACUAGGUUUUAUUUUGCAUAUUUUUACAUUCAUGUAUAAGUAGAAAGAUCAGUCAUCCUUUAGCUUGUGAUAGUGUAAAGAAUCUAGUAAUUUAUUAUGGCUGGUUAGAGAGAUGAAUGGAUUUUACCCAUGUGUAAGCCGCAUUCAUAGAUAUUCCACAGACAAGUACUAAGUUGUUCACAGGGCAUCCUUGAACAUAUUGGUACAACUAAAAAAGCAUUAUGACUGUUAAAACCUAAGUUUAGAAGUUCAAUUUUACUUUUAAACAAGUUUUUCAUUUUCAUUUAAAAUCUUGACCAGCUUUAUUCAAUAUUCAAAGCAUUUAUCUGAAUUAAAGCUAAAUGACAACAUUUGUGGCAAUGAAUGCACCAAACACAUGGGUAAUAGCUGUGUCAUUUGAUUAUUUUCUGCGAGAGUUGUUCAGAAAACUGGUCAGAGUUUUCUAAGUUGUUGUAGUUUAAAUUAGGACUAUCUUUGGAAGUGUUUUCACUUCAUCAGACUGUAAUAUUCAAGACCUAAUAAUAUAAUAAAUCAAAAAUAUUAACUAA